CUUGCAGAUACCAAGGCUCUACCAAGCCUGAAAGAACUUCUGGAGUCUGUUCCAGACAAGGAGAAAAGGAUUUGGGAUUUGUUUAGUUGGAUUUUAUCAUCUAAGGUCUUCACGAUACAAAGUAUUAAGAAACAGGAGUACGAGAAGAUCCAAGAGCUCACAGGGGUGUCUGGGGCCAUGGUUCCUGCUCCAGACUACCUCUUUGAGGUCAUCUACUGCGACCAGCUGAACAGCAGGUUUGCUGAGACCAGGGGAGAGCGGGACCUCAUCUACGCCUUCCACGGGAGCCGCCUGGAGAACUUCCAUUCCAUCCUGCACCACGGCCUGCACUGCCACUUGAACAGGACAUCCCUGUUUGGUGAAGGCACCUAUCUCACCAGUGACCUGAGCCUGGCUCUCCUGUACAGCCCCCACAGCCUCGGCUGGCAGCAAAGUGCCUUGGGCUCUAUCCUGAGCUGUGUAGCUGUUUGUGAGAUCAUCGACCACCCAGAUGUGAAGUGUCAGGUGAAAAAGAAAGAUUCAGCAGAAAUAGACAGGAAAAGAGCAAGAGUGAGGAACAGUGAAGGGGGUGACGUGCCCCAGAAGUACUUUGUUGUCACAAACAAUCAGCUUGUACGUGUUAAAUACUUGCUGGUGUACGCACAGAAACAGCACAGGAGGCCUUCUAGCCAAACUUCCUGGUUCUACACCCACCGUUUUGCCACGAUGCUGCUGCUGUACCUGCUGCUGCUAAUAGCCAUAGGGGCCAGCAACUCACCAACCUUUAUCUACUACUGGCACAGAAUGUUUGACUCUGAGAGAUGAAUUGCCC